CUGAUCGGGAGGAGAGAAGCCGGUAUGAGGGGAGUUGAAGCGGAGACUCAGGACGCAGCGAUAUGUGGGCUAGAUUGUGAAAUUUAGGACGUAAGACUAAUGGUGUCGUAUUGAAGUUGAUUGAUUAGAUUGUUAAUGAUUUCUGUUACAAUCUGUUGAGUUGUCUUGAGCAGGUUAGGAUGAGGUAUUUUAGCUGAGUCUCGUUUUAGCUCUUUGAUGUCAGGAGUGAUUUGAGGUUAAGGUGUGGCUUUCAGCAAAAGGACGAAUUACUUAAAUUGUAGCAGCGCUUACAAUAAAUUAUUCGAUAUUUAGAGUAGAGCAAUACAUUAAAAGUUGGCAAGAGAGACUGGAAAAGGCAUCGGGACGCGAUCCAGGUCAGAAUCGAACUUGAGUUCUCAAUGAGCCAGCCGCUUUUAAAUGUCGUAUGUGCGCUGCCUUGUGCGCCAGAACUGCGACUGAAAUGAAUCAUGAGGGUUUUAACGGUUUUCGCGAGGAUUUGAUAUGCGUGUGUUAAAUCCAGGAAGCGUUCGGUUACACGACGGAUUCUAAAUCGUUCGAUGACCGCUGCAACAUUCGUUGUAACUUUUCGGAAGUGUGUGAACCCACUUCAGAACGAAUGGAAUCUGAUACAUUCCAUUGGAAGAAAUCGCGAGAGCGCUCGGUUCAGAGUUGAGUCGUACAGGGCGUGAGCCGUCCGCUAGUAGACAGUAUGUAGGCAGUAUGAGGGGGAAAAAAGCCAUUGCGAAGAUAAAAGGAUGUUACGCCAAUUUUAUGUGGUAUCUGGAAGUCGAACCGCUUACCAUUAUGACAUACGAAGCGAUCGACGAGAGAAAUCGAGAAUUCUCCCAGUGAAGUAACGUAAGUAGGUGUUGGACAUUCCUCAAUAAGAACUUUUCGCUCAAAGGUGUUUGUCGAAAAACUCAAUAUCGCACCGAUACCGAUUUGACGCUAUUUGUUAAGUCAAGAAGCCUACAUUUAAAUAAAUCAGACGGAAGAGCUGAUAAUUAACACUGUAUUAACACGGACAACUGAUAUAGCCUAACAGUGGGCAUUACACUGCUUCAAGUUAUAAUAUAUUAAACUCAUAUCGCCUGACGUAUUUUUUUCUAUUUUACUUGCUCGUUUUCCUUAGUUGCAUUAUAUUUAUGCUCAUUUUAAACUUUCGUAAGACGACAAUGAAUAGGUCUUAAAGGGGCAAUUAACCUAAAAUGAAUAUUUAGUCAUAAUUUACCCACCUUGAUAUUACACAACCUUAGUCCCCAUUCACUUUCAUUGAAUAUAUAAAAGAUCCAAUAAAAGUGAAUGGUGACUUGCCCUCCUAUUCCGCCUCAUAUUUUCUCCGGUUUUUACAGAAGAUAGCAAGUUGUACAGGGUUGUAAAAACACGAGUGUUAGUAAAGUGUUUUUUUUUUUUUUUUUUUUUUUUGAGUGAACAGUCACUUUAAUAUAAAGCCUAAUAUCUCUACACGGAGUUUUGUAGUCAAGAGGUCUGUUCAAAAUACGAAUUGCAUGAGCAACAGGAGAUUGUGCUAUACGAGAGUUGGAAAAGAUCAAAAUUGUAGUUUUGGGUAGUUGGAUGGUUAUAUGUAAAACAUGGAUUUGGCCACGACACAACGCGUAUACAUCGUCACUGAUUCCUGUGAGGCGAGAGCAUGGCAAAUUCCUCAAGACCCCACCCUGUAUGCCUAACAUCUGGCGUGAAGACCCCCGUUACAUACCAAUAGCAACAGUAUGUAAUUAAAUGGAUUUCUUCUGACUGACGUCUGACUGCUGAAGGAGCUCGGCACGAGCAGUGCUACAACACACUCUUUGCGAUCCAGCUGUCGGCCAUAUGUGUGUGAUGGGGUCGUUGAGUCCAUACACGGCUCUACAUCAUAUCCUUUCUUUCAGCGUUUCCUGUAGACCACUAUGUUGGGAUUGAACAGAAGGCGGCUGAAGAACCCCAGCUUCGUCCAGAAUGUUCUAGGCUCUUCUGGUUGUGUAUGUAGCGUGAAAAUGCUGAGGAAAGCUCUUCUGUGGAUGAGAAGGUGGGGCUGCUGGGCCUAAUCCUGUUAUCCCAGCCUUCUUAAUCCAGAUCCAGUCAGUCUUUACACCUCUUCAGUCACAAUAAAACACAAACACACUUCCAAUACAAAUAUAUCUGACAUUAUGGAGGACAGCGUGAUGCUGGGUGUUGAAGGGAUCAAGAAACGCAUCUUGCAUGGAGGGACCGGUGAGAAGCCUAAAUUUAUCACAGGAACUAAGGUGAAGUUUCAUUUCCGCACUCAGCUCUGCAAUGAUGAGCGCACCGUGAUAGAUGACAGUAAGAAGGCAGGUAUGCCCAUGGAAGUGGUGAUCGGGAACCUGUUCAAACUGGAUGUUUGGGAGACUCUGCUCAUGUCUAUGCACAUAGGGGAGGUGGCUGAGUUCUGGUGUGACGUCAUUCACACUGGUAUGUAUCCUAUAGUGGCAAAGAGUCUGCGGCGUAUCGCAGUGGGGAAAGAUCCAGUGGACUGGCACAUUCACACCUGCGGCAUGGCCAACAUGUUUGCCUACCACAGCCUGGGCUAUGAUGAUCUGGAUGAGCUUCAGAAAGAACCACAGCCUCUUUACUUUGUAAUGGAACUUCUGAAGGUACAGCAGCCCAGUGAGUAUGACAGAGAGUCCUGGGCUCUGAAUGAUGACGAGAGAUUGAAAGCGGUACCUGUGCUCCACGGUCAAGGGAACAAGCUCUUCAAACAGGGCCGAUAUGAGGACGCCACACUGAAAUACAAGGAAGCUGUUAUGUGCAUCAAGAAUGUGCAGACAAAGGAAAAGGCAUGGGAAGCUCCUUGGCUGAGACUGGAGAAGAUGGCCAACACGCUCACUUUAAACUACUGUCAGUGUCUGCUGCACAUGGAGGAGUACUAUGAGGUCAUCGAACACACAACUGACAUCAUCAACCAACACCCUGGGGAAAUGAAAGCCUUCUAUCUGCGUGGAAAAGCGCACAUGGAGGUGUGGAAUGAAGCUGAGGCCAGAGAUGAUUUCACGAGAGUCCUGGAUCUGGACCCAAACAUGAAAAAGACAAUCAAGAAAGAGCUUGCCGUUCUCAAAAUGAGAAUGGAGUUAAAAAAUGAGGAGGACAGACUGAUGUACAAGGGCAUGUUCGCAAAAAUGGCGAGAGAGCAAGAGUCUCUAGAGCUGGAGAAUCCAGAUCAAGAGAUUUCAGAGCAAACAUCUCCAGAACAAGAGACAACUCAAGAAAAAGAGAGUGCAGAAGCACCGCUAGAGAAAACAGGUGAAGAACAAACAACUUCAACACAAACAUCUCCUGAGCAAAUAACUUCAGCACAAGAAGUUUCACAAGAAGAAACAUCCACUGCGCUAUCAAGUUCUGAUCGUGAGAUACCAGAACAAUCAACUACUCAGAAUGUGACUUCAGAACAAACUACCACAGACGAAGCUACUCCAGAACAAUCAGAAGCAGUGCAAACAUUUCAGGAGCAAUAAGCCUCUAAAGAAACAUCCCCAGAACAUAAUACUUCAGAGCCAACCCGUCCAGAACAAGCAGACCAGGAUCUUAUAACUUCAGAACAAAUGACUCCAGCUGAAACGACACCAGAAAACACCAGUCAAUAAGUCUUAAUUAUACUUUUUUUAAAGAGAGGUGCAAUAACGAUGAUGUGGGAUAAAGCUGAACCCUUUCGACUUUUUCCUUCUGACAUUUUUUGUUGCAUUUCUUCAUUUAUUCUACAUUAUGAUGUAAAAUUGAACAUAGUGUGACUAGUUUUGCCAGAUUAUCCAAU